GAAAAUAAUCCUUUCAAAUAUUUUCUAGCGUCAAUUUUUCUUUGGAUUUACCCAUGCUUAGCUGCGUUACGUUUUUAAGAAGUGUGAGAGGACCCAUUAAAAAUGAAAGGCAAGCUAUCCCACUCUAAGCAAAGGAGUAAAGAGAGAGAAACACUGCCCUAUUCCUUGGCCCAAUCCAGCAGUUUGGCCACCCCAGGGGAUGGUUUGAAGGAUCCAAAUGCCUUUGAAAAUGUGACUUCUCAACAAAAAAGGCAUCUCAGUUUCACCCAGCACAACAGCAACUUCCUCAAAUUUCUGAACGAGGAUCGGCAGCGGGCAUCGUCAUUCUGUGACUUGAGCAUCAUCGUCAACGGGAAGCGGUACAGUGCGCACAAAGUAGUGGUGGCGUUCGGGAGCAGGUACUUCCACGCCCGGCUCAUCAUGAACCCUGGGUCAGACCACGUGACUGUCGACCAUGUGGAGGACUCAGCAUUUCAGCACCUGCUCCGCUUCCUGUACACAUCAGAGUUUGUGGUCUCUGAAGGCGAGAUCCCCCCCUUGGUGGAGGCGGCCCGGUAUCUGGACAUGACGGACGCUGUGAGGCUGCUGACUGCUGAGGAGUGCCCGGAGGCGCCGUUCCAGUUGGAGGAAGUGACGGCAGAGCUGUCUCCUGCCAAGGCGCCACGGGACCCAUCAGAUGGGAGUACCACCAGGACCUCCAGUGGCAGCCAGUGCACCCUCUGCAGCCGAACAUUCUGCUACAGGAAGUCCCUGGAGAACCAUUUGGCCCGUAGCCACAGAAGCAACAGAAGUAACUGCAUGGAUGAAAUAGAAGGGGGCUCCCACGCUGCCACCAUGCAAACCACCAGGAGGUCUGCCCGGAAGCGGAAGCGCCCAGCUAAAUUUGACAAGGGUGAUGAUGAGGAGAGCAGCAGCAUGCCAGGCAGGAGCGGCCUUGGCAAAGCUAUUGGCAAGGAGAUGUCAGCAAUGCCGGAGGAAGAGGAAGGAGAUGAGGAGGACCUUGAAGAGGAUGAGGAAGCAGAAGAGAUGCGUGGAAAAGAGGAGGAGGAGGAAGUUGAUGGCAAGAACACAGGGGAUGGUGAAGAUGGGCUUUACGGGGAAAACUCAGAUGAAGCAGAGACAGAGCUGCAGUCUGAUAAUGACGGAGAAGCGCAAGGCACUGGCACAGACUUCCCAUACCAGUCCUACCCUGAGGGACUGGCCCCGGUCAUCAUUCAGACCUCCACUAAGAAAACCCUCAAGUGCCCCAGGUGUGAAAAGACGUUCGACCGGGCAGGGAAGUAUGAAAGUCACACCAGGGUUCACACGGGAGAGAAGCCGUUCCAGUGCGACAUUUGCCACCAGUGCUACUCCACCAAGUCCAACCUCACGGUGCACAGGAAGAAACACAACAGUGAAACACCCUUCCAGAAGAAGGAGCACAAGUGCCCCUUCUGCAAUAAACUGCACGCCAGCAAGAAGACAUUAGCCAAGCACGUUAGAAGAUUUCACCCUGACAAUAUUCAAGAAUUCCUGUCAAUCAAGAAGAGGAAGAGUGAAGGAUGGAAAUGUGAUAUCUGCCACAAGUCAUUUACACGCCGGCCGCACUUAGAAGAACACAUGAUCCUUCACUCGCAAGACAGGCCCUUCAAGUGCGCCUACUGCGAUGACUACUUCAAGUCCAGAUUUGCAAGACUGAAGCACCAUGAGAAGUACCAUUUAGGGCCCUUCCCGUGCGACAUUUGCGGGAGACAGUUCAACGACACCGGGAACAGGAAGCGCCACAUUGAGUGCACUCACGGCGGGAAGAGGAAGUGGACCUGUUUCAUCUGUGGGAAAUCCGUGCGGGAAAGAACAACAUUGAAGGAACAUUUGAGGAUCCACAGUGGGGAGAAACCUCACCUGUGCAGCAUUUGCGGGCAGAGUUUUAGACAUGGGAGUUCUUAUAGGCUGCAUCUUCGAGUCCAUCAUGAUGACAAGCGCUACGAAUGCGAGGAAUGUGGGAAGACCUUCAUUCGGCACGAUCACCUCACCAAACACAAGAAGAUCCAUUCAGGAGAGAAAGCUCAUCAGUGCGAAGAGUGCGGUAAAUGCUUCAGACGUCACGAUCACCUGACGGUUCAUUACAGAAGUGUCCAUCUGGGAGAAAAAGUCUGGCAAAAAUACAAAGCAGCAGUGCACCAGUGUGAAGUCUGUAAGAAGGAGUUCAAAGGGAAGUCGAGUUUGGAGAUGCACUUCCGGACACACUCAGGAGAGAAACCAUACCGGUGCCAAAUCUGCAACCAGACAUUCCGGAUCAAGAAGACACUGACGAAGCACAUGGUGAUCCACUCAGACGCCCGGCCGUUCAACUGCCCACAGUGCAGCGCCACCUUCAAGAGGAAGGACAAGCUCAAGUACCACAUGGACCAUGUCCAUGGCACCAAGGUGGCUGAGGAGCCUACUGCCAGCGACACGGCCGAGGACAAGAUGGUCUCCCUCCCCGUCUCAUAUGAUGACAAGGCCUACCGGCCCGAAGCGGAACAGGCUAAGGCAUACCAGGCUGAACCCAAGACCAUCCUCCAGAAUGUUCCCCCGGACGUCUGCGUACCCGUCACACUAGUCCCCGUCCAGAUGCCAGAUGUCCCAGCAGGGGGAGCUCGGCAUGGCACCCUCUCCUCCCAGGCCGAGGGCAUCCUCCCACCAGCGGGCCAGGGGCAGCAGGCGUCCGACUACCAGCCAGCGCCAGACCUUGUCUUUCUGGAAAAGUACACCCUCACCCCUCAGCCGGCCAACAUAGUACACCCGGUGCGCCCCGAUCAAAUCCUGGACCCCAGAGACCAGUACCUGGGCACACUGCUUGGGCUUGACACCGCCACCCCAGUGCGGAACAUUUCGGACCCUGACCACAACCACUGACA